AUGGAACCUGCAUCCAGUGCCACUGAGGAGUCCAUCGACCUCUCGUGCCUCCCCGAGGAGUUUGUCGAGGGCCUUCUUUCUGUAGCUGAGGUCAAGCAAUACCUCAAAGAUGGCAGGGGCUUGCGUCAAUUUCUCCAAUUGUUUAUGCUGAUACACAGAUACGAUUUGGGAGAGCCAGGAGAGUUGCCGGCAGGCUCUUGCUCAAAGCUGACUCUGUUCGUUGAUGUGGACGAAACGAUCGUGUACGUCACCCCAAUACCUUUGCUGAAGGUUCCGGCGGACAGGACUUUUGCCUUCUCCGAGCCUACACCAGGAGAGGGAGCCUCAAAAGCGUACUCAGCAACUCCUUUGCCUGCAGUCUCAUUAGAGGAAGCGGCUGCAGCGGCAGAGAGUUUUGACCCUAACGCGCCACAGGCCAUCCUGUACGUCUACCACCGGCCGUUUGUUAAGAGGCUUCUGAGGGAGCUCAGGGAUAGUGGAAAGUUCGAGGUCAUCGCCUUUACCGCAGCUCUCCCUGAAUAUGCUAACCCGAUCCUUGACACUCUGGAGGAAGAGGAAAGGCUGUUCGAUCACCGCCUAUACAGGCACCACUGCUGCCGAGCGCCUCGCACCCACAACCCCUGUAAGGAAGCAGCUACAGGCGCUGCAGGGGCCGAGGAGUCCCUGUGGCCGUUUGCUGGAGACAUGCAUUACUAUGUGAAAGACUUGGCGUAUGUAGCGGCCAACAGAGACCUGCGCCGCUGCGUCCUGCUGGACAACAGCCCCGUGUCGUUUGCCGCGCAGCUUGAAAACGGUAUUUACCUAAGGCCCUUUUGCGGUGACCCUGGAGAUGACGAGCUGAAAUGUCUCAGCAGCAUGCUAUUCCAGCUGCACAAACUGGAGGACGUUAGGAGUGGACUAAAGACAGGUCUAAUCAAUGCAGCGUGGCGCAGCCUUGUCAAACGGGACAACCUCUACGAGCUCGCAGGCAUUGCGAGGCCUCCAGCACCAGAGGUAGCCCCGGUAGGGACUCGUGAGCUGUCUGCCUCCAAAAUUACCAACAGCAAAUUCAGUCAGGGUGGCUCCGAUGCAACCAAGACAGGGCCCAGGCGCCCUGAAGAGAUCGAGACAGAGCAGGUUACCCUGGAUUUCCGCAAGACUACAGACGGGCAAAAGAACGGUUACAGGGUCCCUCUGCCAGAAGUUACGCCACCUCCCCCUAUGAGCGAACCCCAGGGUAUCCAACAGCGCAACACGCACGCCAAACUAAGGGGAAGUGCAUCCACGCUUGCCUCAAAGAACAAGCCGCUACGUGAGGGAAAUAAAGAGGCCUUUUCUCGCGGAAAUUCUGCGUCCCACGGGGGCCAUGAUGUGUCACAGCCGCCUGCAUCGAACCUCAAGGAAGCACGACGUCAUUCAGCGCUCCUUCAGCAUCCACCUGCUUCUGCGCGUUCGCAGAGGCUGAGUCGCAAUGGGUUCAUCUCGUCAUCUCGAAGAGGGACACCUCGCACCCCUCGUGAAACAGAUCAAACACAGAAGGAGAAGGACGCCGUGCACUAUAACGCUUGCUAUGAGGCAGGGACGGCCCGGACUGAAGCAGCUGAGGCCGGCUCUCUCGCUAUGCGCUGCCGUAGCACCAGAAGCAUCCAUGGAAACUCCAGGCGGUCUCUUGUAUGCGCUGAGGAUUCCGUUGGGAAGCACGUUUAUGAGGAAGGCCACACUGUCUCGUGUUUAAAACGGCAGGAAAGGGAGGGCACCACAUGGUGUACCUGCACAGGCAAAAAGGCCGUGGGCCUCCGAGUGUGUCCCAAGCCUCAGAGGGAAACCCCACGAGGGUGCAGUGGUUCAUUGUUAGGCUCAGACUCUACCGUGAGUGUGCGGGCCGGCCCUGGACGAAGGUCCGCCCGAGGACUUACCAGGCACACCAGGAAUCGAUCAGAGGGUCUAUCUGAAGAAAACCGUGGCCACUACCCAUCUAAUGGCGUACGAAAGCACAAUGCCAGAGUGCCACGGCUGCAGCUGCAGGGCCUGGUGUCUACGGAACGAGAUACCAGCGGAGAUUGGAUCUCCGAGGGUGAGUAUGCGCAGGAACCUUCAACCCCAGGUAGAAGUCUUCUAACACCGACAGCAAGAAAGGCCCGGCUUGCGAAUAUUGAGCAGCUGCUGGAGGAAUCCGUGAACCACAGCCGGCAGUGCCCGGAGCCGGCAUCACAGAUUCGGGGCAGAUUCAAACAGCCAGCUACGCUCUACGGAUGCCCCGACGUGCAGCAACCAGUACUCCUAUGCGGCCGCCAGGAAGGUGCUGGCCGCCUAAGUCCAGAGGACAGGUACAGCUCUAGGACUCCAGUCCACCGGCAUAAACAAUCUCCAGGUGUAGAAGACAAGAAAGACAUGCAAACCGACGGGAGGCCCCUGCAGGAUCCACAUCCUUGGAACAGCUCUCAGUUACAGGGGCACACGCAAAUGGGGCACUAUCCGCUCUACCCAGCGAAGCCGCCACAGUGCCAGGUGCAGCAGGAUCUUCACGUGGCCCCUCAUCAGAUGCCGUACAGUCAGCAGCCUGCUAACCCGAAAAUGGGGUGGCCCUCCACGACUCCAAAUCGAGACUGCAGUCCUAGGCCUAGUGCCAUUGGAUUAAACUCGACUAACGGCCGCUACUCCCAGGGCAGCCUGCACACAAUGCAAGCCGCAGAUGGCUACGCAGCAGGUCGCUGGGCAGCCGCCUCCGCUUCGCCAGGUCUCGGGCUCCACUCCCAUGGCGUCUUGGAGCGCCAACGGAAGGAGCAGCAUACAGCAGCAGCCAAGCACCCCCAGGGUUUUUCCAUCGCAAGGGAUUCCCACACAGAUGACAAUGCAGUCCACGGGGACGCGCCAUGGUCAGCAGCAACCGCCAAAGCUCUUUGGAGGGAGACGCAUACGCUUGGGUGA